AUGGGCCAAGAUCACUGCGACCACGAUCCUACGCAGACUUCUUCUACACCUGACCUCUCUCAAGACAAUGAUGCCGACAUUGACACCGGACUAGGAUAUAAUUUCAUGUAUUUGCUAUACUGGACACUAUUGGGAGACCAACUGAGAGCGGCUGAGGGACUUUCUGAGGGCCUGGAGAUUGACAUAGAUUGUUGUGAUCGCUUCGGAUAUGCUCCUCUUACGCUGGCAGCUUACAGGGGCUCUUGCCAUGUUGCUAGGAAGCUGCUUGCGUCCGGAGCAGAUUUCAAUGCGCAAGACACCAACGGGUUGGCCGCGCUUCAUAUAGCGGCUUGCGAAGAAUAUUCGCCUAUUGUGGAACUGCUCCUUCCAAAACCUAAGCUUGAUGUCAAUACACAAGACAUCGAAGGGUUAACUGCACUUCAUGAUGCGGCAUAUGAAGGACGUUUGCUAAGUCUGAAGCUACUCCUGCAACACACAGGAAUCAUUGUUAAUGCACAGGACAAGUGCGGGUUAACCGCGCUUCAUAAAGCGGCAAAGGACAUCUGCCAACUGUCGAGCUUCUCCUGCAACAUCCUGAGGUGGACGUCAAUGUGCGAGACACUCGAGGACGUACGCCACUGUGGUGGGAGGUUGUGCACCAACCUGAAGUUGCAAGCUGGCUGCUUGACGAUACCAAGAUCGCCGUGA